UUACUUCAGUUACAGUUUCAGUCUUUCGUCGGAUCUCACCCUUAGCAGAAGCCCACACUCAUUUUCUGAGUGGCAGUGUUCAGUUUAUAAAUUUUCAGUACGAUUUCAAUGGUUUUCGAAUCAAGUAGUUUUGGUUUUCGCGUCGUUCGUUGCAGUUGGUUGGAAUUAAAUUGUUAACCGAAAAACACUAUGUUAGCUUUGAUUGGGCUAAUUUUCCUAUUUGGAAUCUUUAUUUAUCGUCUGAAUAAAGAUUAUUCUAUUUUGGCACUGUGCAAAAGAAUCAAACGGGUCGAUGGAGGUGAUUUGAACGAGCUCUAUCCCAUAAUACCGGGGAAGACUAUUUUCGGCAACAAUUUCGAUAUUGUUCAUUUGACUGCAGAGGGCGCUUUCAAAUACAUUACAGACUGUGUCAAAUAUGCCAGAGGUAAAAGUUUUAUUUGGAUGUUUUUGGAAAGUUCAGUGUACAAUGUUUGUACAGCUGAAGAUGCUGAAAAUGUUUUAAACAGUCAAGCAUUACUCAAAAAAGGUGUAGUCUACACAUUGCUGAGUACAUUCCUUGGAGAUGGUCUUCUUAUCAGCACAGAUAAAAAGUGGCAUGGACGAAGAAAACUUUUGACACCAGCCUUCCAUUUUAAUGUCUUACAAUCUUUUAUAGAAAUUUUCAAGGAAGAAAGUCAGAAAUUCCUGAAAAUUUUGGAGACCAAUGUUGACAAAGAGCUUUCUUUGGUUAAUGUAAUCCCCAGAUUCACUCUCAACACUGUUUGUGAAACCGCUAUGGGAGUGAAAUUAGACAAUUUAAGUGAAGGUGAUGAAUAUCGAAAUCAUAUAUCUGAGCUUGAAACCCGAUUAAUUAAAAGGACUUUUAAUCCAUUGUAUUACUAUGAUUGGAUUUAUAAAACCUUUGGAGACUACGAAGAGUAUUCGAAACACUUAAAAAUAGUUCAUAAUUUUACUACGUCUGUAGUGAAUAAGAAACGUGAAGAAUUUCGAAAAACAACUGCACUUGAUAAUUACGAAAGUGAUGAUAUAGGUAAAAAGAAGCGAUAUGCAAUGUUGGAUACACUACUCGAUUCAGAACUGAAAGAUCUUAUCGACCAUAAGGGAAUUUGUGAAGAAGUCGAUACUUUUAUGUUCGAAGGUUAUGACACGACAUCAACUUGUCUUAUAUUUUCACUCAUGAACAUUGCUAUUAACAAAGACAUCCAAGAGAAAUGUUAUGCUGAAGUUAGCCAGUUGGAUGAUCUCCAAUCGUUAAAUGUUUUUGAUUUCAACAAAAUGGAAUAUCUUGAAUGUGUAAUUAAAGAAACCCUACGUCUGUAUCCAUCUGUACCUUUUAUUACACGAGAAAGUGUAGAAGAGACCAUCAUAAAUGGAAUUAUCUUACCAAAAAGUGCUCAAAUAAAUAUUUUUCCUUUCCACAUACACCGUGAUCCAAGGCAUUUUCCUGAUCCAUUGAAAUUUGAUCCAAAUAGAUUCUUGCCACAAAACACCACAAAUCGCCAUCCAUAUGCAUUUAUACCUUUUAGUGCUGGUCCCCGAAAUUGUAUUGGACAAAAGUUUGCAAUGCUGGAAAUAAAAGUGUUGCUUGCCAAUAUAAUUAAACAAUAUGAACUACUUCCUGUGACAAGAGAAAAUGAUAUAGUUUUCGAAAAUGGAAUAGUUCUUCGAACAAAACAAGAUGUUAAAAUAAAAGUUAAAAGGCGAAAUUGAUAUAAAAACUUCAGAAUUAAUUUUUGUUUGUACAGGCAAGAGGAUUUUAUUUAGAAAGUACAAAAAUAUUUAAACCAAAAUGUAUUUACAAUAAAAGUUUGAUAAAAUUUA